UGCAUACUUAUGUUGGAGAGUGAGGGAUCAGCAAAACCCAACAGCAUGGCUGUUAAGGGCAACUCUGCGGUGAUGUGCAGCACAGACAACAAUGCCUCUCCCAGAGGUAGAUGGUGGUGGAUGUUGGGAAGAUGUGGAGGCUGUCUAACCCAUACCAGUACACUGCGUCUCUUGGCCACCCUCGCUCUGGUUUUCGGGGUUGUGAUAUCCAUUUCAGAAGGAAUGUUAGUGGUGAGGGAGGAACAAAAGUAUCAACGGUGCCUCCUCCAUCAGGCUGGUCUUGUUGGCGACCGUCAUCUAUCUCUCAGUACUAAUGAAUACUCAGAAAGUUUGUCAACAUGCUAUUCAAACGAUAUAAAUUUAGUGCGAGGAUUUGGAGGAGCCGGGGUGGUGGUGACUAUUGUGUACCUCAUGGUGUCUCUCCUCCUGCUUGUUGCUGUCUCCAUGGAAUGCUGGCACUUGUGUAUACCAUGGGUGUGUGUGAGCAUUUUGAUAGGAGUGUAUGAGGUGCUGCAAGUAAGUCUGUGCUGGUCUCUACUGAGUGCAGGAGACCUUCUCCUCUUUACACUCCACUGCCUGGUCUUAGGGUACAGCCUGCUUGUUUUUGCCUCUGUCCUGCACCAGCUCGAUUACUUGGACUUUAGAAACAAAAGGUGGUGCAGUAGGUAAUAUUACUCUUGGCCAAUCAUCUGGACUUCUUUCAACACUAAAGAAUAUAAUGUAACAAUUAUAUGUACAUAGUUUACUGUGCAGAUUACAAUUCUUGAUGACUCUGGAAUUAUUUUUAUUUAUUAUCACACUGGCCGAUUCCCACCAAGGCAGGGUGGCCCGAGAAAGAAAAACUUUCACCAUCAUUCACUCCAUCACUGUCUUGCCAGAAGGGUGCUUUACAAUACAGUUUUUA